CCUCCGCGGGCGGCCACGGGUAUCCCAGGGUGCUCCACUGGACGAGGACUUUCUGGCCUGGCGUGCUCGCUGGCGUCCCUGGCCCGUCGCGGACGCUGGUGAAGGCGAAGGCGGCGGCGGCCGUGGGCAGCGGCGAGGGCGGCAGAGGCCGGGACGCGCCUCAGACACCCGGCCGGCCGCCAGGGAGACGCGGGCAGUAUGUCGGAACACGCUGCGCCCGCGGCCCCGGGGCCUGGGCCUAACGGCGGCGGCGGCGGCGGCGGUCCGGCCCCAGCGCGCGGCCCGCGCACCCCCAACCUGAACCCCAACCCCCUCAUCAACGUGCGCGACCGGCUGUUCCACGCACUCUUCUUCAAGAUGGCUGUCACCUACUCGCGGCUCUUCCCUCCCGCCUUCCGCCGCCUCUUCGAGUUCUUCGUGCUGCUCAAGGCCCUGUUUGUGCUCUUCGUGCUGGCCUACAUCCACAUCGUCUUCUCCCGCUCACCCAUCAACUGCCUGGAGCAUGUGCGUGACAGGUGGCCCCGGGAGGGCAUCCUUCGCGUGGAGGUGCGGCACAACUCGAGCCGCGCACCCGUCUUCCUGCAGUUCUGUGAUGGCGGCCGCCAGAGCUUCUCGGGCCUGGCUGUGGAGCCAGGAGGCCUGGAGCUGGAGGAGGAGGAGGAGGAGCUGACCAUGGAGAUGUUUGGGAACAGCUCUGUUAAGUUUGAGCUGGACAUUGAGCCCAAGGUGUUCAAGCCACCAGGUGGAGCUGAGGCCUUGAAUGACAGCCAGGAAUUUCCCUUCCCUGAGACACCUGCCAAAGUGUGGCCCCAGGAUGAGUACAUCGUGGAGUACUCGCUGGAAUAUGGCUUUCUGCGGCUGUCACAGGCCACGCGCCAGCGCCUGAGUAUCCCCGUCAUGGUCGUCACGCUGGAUCCUACUCGAGACCAGUGCUUUGGGGACCGGUUCAGCCGCCUGCUGCUGGAUGAGUUCCUGGGCUAUGAUGACAUCCUCAUGUCCAGCGUGAAGGGCCUGGCUGAGAAUGAGGAGAACAAGGGCUUCCUGCGGAACGUGGUGUCUGGUGAGCACUACCGCUUUGUCAGCAUGUGGAUGGCCCGCACAUCCUACCUGGCUGCCUUCGUGAUCAUGGUCAUCUUCACACUCAGCGUGUCCAUGCUGCUCCGCUACUCCCACCACCAGAUCUUCGUCUUCAUCGGUGAGUCCCGGCCAGCCGCGGGGGGCGGGGCGGGCUCGCCCCCAGGCCCUCACGAGUGGCCCCCGCGCCCUGUGCCCGCAGUGGACCUGCUGCAGAUGCUGGAGAUGAACAUGGCCAUCGCCUUUCCCGCAGCACCUCUGCUGACUGUCAUCCUGGCCCUCGUCGGGAUGGAGGCCAUCAUGUCUGAGUUCUUCAACGACACCACCACAGCCUUCUACAUCAUCCUCAUCGUGUGGCUGGCUGACCAGUACGAUGCCAUCUGCUGCCACACCAACACCAGCAAGCGGCACUGGUUGCGGUUCUUCUACCUGUACCACUUCGCUUUCUACGCCUACCACUACCGCUUCAAUGGGCAGUACAGUAGCCUGGCCCUGGUCACAUCCUGGCUGUUCAUCCAGCAUUCCAUGAUCUACUUCUUCCACCACUACGAGCUGCCAGCCAUCCUGCAGCAGAUCCGCAUCCAGGAGAUGCUGCUACAGAGCCCACAGCUGGGUGCUGGGACGCCCACGGCGCUGCCCGACGACCUGAACAACAACUCUGGCACCCAAGCCACCACCCCUGACCCUGCAGGCCAGCCACUCGCCCUGGGCCCGGGCUCCACUGGAGUCGGCGGAGGGCCUGGGCCUGGAGCUGCAGCACCCAGCUCCCUGGGGGCUGUGGCAGCAUCUGUGGCAGCAGCCACUGGAAGUGACCUGGGCUGGAUGGCCGAGACAGCUGCCAUCAUCUCUGAUGCCUCAUUCCUGUCUGGCCUGAGUGCCUCACUAUUGGAGCGACGGCCUGCGAGAUCCCUGAGCCCCAGUGGGAGCCCACCCCACACCUCCCAGGACAGUGCUCCUCAGAGUGACUCAUUGGCAUCUGAUGCAGCCCCAACGGAGGCUUCGGGGAGUGGACCCAGCCCUGCCACCCCAGGCUCAACAGAUGCACCCUCCCAGGUCGGGUCCUGAGAAGCCCCUGAGCCACCUGUCCCUGCUUCUGCAGCUGGUGGGGCGGAGGAAGCCAUCCCUGGGGGGCACCAGUGUCCUCUACCUCCUUCUUCCGGACCACCUGUCUGCUCAGGAUGGUGGGGGGUUCAUCCAGUUUGUGAGAGGUGGGGCCUGUCUUGCCAGAUCAGAUGUGGAGCCCACCAGGGCUUGACCUGCUAGUCAGCUGGGUUUGUGGUGGUCUGUGAAGGGGAUGGAGUGGAGACUUGGAAGGUUCUGGAAGAUCUGAGUGUACUGGCCCAUGUGCAGUCCAGGGCAGCAGUAGGUCAAGGUGGGCAAGGCUACCACGCGGAGGAGCAGGCAGGGCGGGACGGGGCCUCGCACACCUUUGUGCUGUCCAGCCCUGCCUGGUGCUCCCUGCGCAGUGCCUUCUCCACGGCCACCCCUGUCCACGAGAGCGACCAGCCUGGGGUCCCCAAGAGAGAAGAGCUGCGGCUCAGGCACAGGGACACAGGUGCCAAGAGCAGUGGCCAGGGUCCAGCCCUGCUCGCAUGGGAGUGGGCCGGGUCAGGCUGCUCAUUCCAUUCUAUUUAAUUGCGGUGUACGAAGUUGUUUGUAUAUAGAAUAAACUGUCUGUGGACAGGG